AUAAAUUUAAUUUAUACCUAAAACUAAUUUGCAAUAUUAAAAUUCCCUGGAAAAUCACAUUCCAAACUGUUCAUUUAUUGUUUAGUUGAAAGUGUAAAUGUUCAGCUAACCUAAAAUUUAUUUGCGAAAACCCACGUGUUGUUUGUUUAUACUUCCGCAAAUUCAUAAAUUGGAAAUAUGGCUGAGGGAGGAGACAUUCCACCACUUGCUGACAUUUCCUGUGGUCAAGAUGAUGAAGACUCUGAUGGCUGGGAUGAAAUGGAAGUUACAGGAGAACAGACAACAUGUCUAUUUUGUGCACAAACCUUCCUCACAAUUGCUGUAGCAUUAGAUCACUGCCGUACUGAGCAUAAUUUUGAUCUUCUGACACUCAAGAAAAAGUACAACAUGGACUGUUACUCUUAUAUUAAAAUGAUAAAUUACAUUAGAUUACAAAAACCAGAUCCAAAAAUAUUAACCGAAUCUAGUGUAGCUCUUUGGGAUGAUGAUGUUUAUCUGAAAACUGGGGCUGUAGAACCUUGGCUAAUGUAUGAUUUUGAUGAUUUGGGCACUGCACCUUCCACACCUCACUAUGCAAUAGAUGGUAAACCACCAAUUAGCAAUAUCAACUUUUCAGAUUUGCAAGUACAAAUCCAACAUUUAAAUAUGCAGCUGAGACAAAAGGAUAUGCUGCUGGAGACUGCAAUGAAGGACAUGCAAAAAAUGAGAGAAGUGACCAGGACUAUUGUUGAAUCUGGUGAUACUGCUAUGAAGAAGGUUCCACACAAUGUGACAACUUUACCUGUUGGUUGUGAUGGAGAAUAUUUCAAUUCUUAUUCACAUUUUGGAAUACAUCAUGAUAUGUUAAAUGAUAAAGUUAGGACAGAAAGUUACAGAGAUGCAAUUUUAAAUAAUAGUGAAACAUUCAAAGAUAAAGUAGUUUUGGAUGUAGGUUGUGGAACUAGUAUUUUAUCAAUGUUUUCUGCUAAAGCAGGUGCUUCAAAAGUAAUAGGAAUAGACCAGUCUGAAGUAAUUUAUAAAGCUAUGGAUAUUAUUAGGGAGAAUAAUCUGCAAGAUGUAGUGCAUCUCAUAAAAGGAAAGCUGGAAAGUUUAAGCUUACCAGUAGAAAAGGUGGAUAUAAUUGUAUCUGAAUGGAUGGGAUACUUUUUAUUGUUUGAAGGAAUGUUGGACAGUGUUAUUUAUGCUAGAGAUAAAUUUUUAUCUAAGGGAGGUUUACUCUUACCAAAUAGAUGCAAUAUUAGCAUUGUAGGAUGUUCAGACCAAGAAAGGUACGAUAAUAUCGUGAACUUCUGGGACGACGUGUACGGAUUUUCAAUGAAAUGUAUGAAACAAGACGUUGUAAACGAGGCUUUCGUCGAAGUGGUGCCGAACGAUAAAAUACUUACAAAUUCGGUCGUCGUUACAGAUAUAGAUCUUAUGACUUGCGAUACGAACGCGUGCGAGUUUACUUCUAAAUUUCAAUUGACUGCGAACAAAGACGGACCUUUAACAGCUCUUGUAGGAUAUUUUGAUACCUUUUUUGAACUGCCAAAUAAAGUGGAGUUUUCUACUGGACCACAUGCUACUAAAACUCAUUGGCAACAAACCGUGUUUUACCUUAAGGAAGUUGUUCCUUUAAAAGAAGGUGAAACUGUGGAAUGCAAACUGAGCUGUACUAGGUUUAAGAAAAAUGUGCGAGGUCUUUCAGUAACAAUAGCAAUAGGACAAAAGACAUACCAAUACAUUCUGGAUUAACAAAAUAUAUUUCACUUUGUUUUUAUAUAUAAAAUUAAAUUAAAACUGUAAAAAUAUAAUACAACCUGUACCUAAACAACUAAAUUAAUAA